AUGGACAAGAAGCGAUACUUCGCCGGAACUCUAGCCUGGACCGAUAAUCCAGAACUUAUUUUCACAGCGGAAAACGAGCUUCUGUUUAUCUCCGCAUUUGCCAAUAGAAUAAUAACGGAAAUUAGACGCAUUGAUGUCGAGAUGGCACAGAGGGCCAAAACCAAUCUCGUCAACAGCAUCACUCUGGGCACGGUUGAUAUUCUCAGCGACACUGCAAUGAACGACCCCCAGCAAGGUGUGGUCCAUACCAUCGAAUCUUGCGGUGGCGCUCUCCUAGAUACGAUCAAUAACUUGCUCGAUCUCACCUUCAUCGAUAAAUACCAGAAAAAAAGAGUCCGACGUCGAAUGGACCUUCUAUGCACAUGUCGGCGCUUGGAGACGCAUCUUGAUAACGUCUUCGGCAACGCCCUUAAGUAUACCCGGUCGGGCUUUAUUUAUCUCGGCAUGAAGUUAUCCCGUAGUCCUAAGAGGUAUGGCAAGGGGAUCAGUCCUCGGUUUCUGCACAAGGACCUGUUCAAGCCGUUUGCCCAGGAGGAGCCAUUCUCGCCGGGGAGUGGACUGGGCCUGGGCAUUGUCCGUGAGGCGGUGGGGUGUCUCGGUGGCACGAUCGAGCUCAUCUCGACUUAG